AUGUCGGACUUUUCCAAGGAUUGUGUUGUUAAGCAACAAGAUUUAUCCGACGUAAAAAUUCCUCAACUAAAAGAUUCUCCAGCAAAGCCCGCGCAGCGCCCCCCUCGAAGACUCUUCUCCGCCCUGCUGCUGGCGGUUGCGGUGGCUUGCGCGGGCGCCAUGCCGGCCGGCGGCAAGAAGCCCCGUUGGAUCAACCCGUGCCACCUACCGGGGCACCCCUUCGACCCCAACACUGACAUGACGGAGGCACCGCCCCUCCGUCUCUCCGAACUCUACGAGGGCGUCAAGGAGAGGGCGAGGGUCGCCAAGGAACACGCCGAGCACCUAAGACAGUACUUCAAAGAUGACUUCAAAGAUUUCGUCGACGGUACUGCCCUCUAUCGCCAAAAAUGGUUGCCAUCAAUUCCACCUGCAACAGAAGAUGAAUUUAGAAAUGUAGAAGGCAGAGAAGCCUUCCUCAAGUCGUUCGAGUUCCUGCAGUUCUUCGCGGUCGGCAUCGAACAGAUCCUUCUGGAUCAGACGAUCCACGAUGGUCAGUUCCUGCGGCCCUUCGCCGAACUGGAAGACAACCUGACGCAGGUACUCUGCGAACUGCAACUGGGCCUCUUCACCCUCCGAGUCCCUCCUUCCCCCGACGUCCUGCGGGACGUCAUGAGUCAGGACUACAGAGACUUGUCUGGAAGAUCCUACAGGAACCUCAGGGACUACCUUAUCCUUCGGGACUACGUGUACGCGAUGCACUAUGUGUCGGCACUUUUUGCUUAUUUGGAGAGGACGUUAGACGCUAGAGCCAAAUGA